GCAGCUCUCUCUCAUCAACAAGGAGGAUGUUGAACCACUGAGCAGAAGAAGAAGGAGGAACAAACAUGGCGUCAGGCUACGCGUGGUUUCUUGUGCUGUGCUCAGUUUUUCUGUGCAAUCUCAUGAAAACACUCCUGCCGACUAUAUCCUCUUUUCUCUCAAAGAUGGUGCAGAAAGAUGCUGAGCAGGAGAGUGAGAUGAGGUCUGAAGUCCAGGAGAUGAAGAAGGAGCAGGCCUCCAUUAGCAUGAUGGAUGAGUUUGCGAGAUAUGCCAGGUUGGAGCGCAAAAUCAACAAGAUGACAGACAAGCUGAAAACUCACGUGAAAUCAAGAACAGCGCAACAAGCCAAAAUGAAAUGGGUUGUGAACAUCGUCUUUUAUAUACUGCAGGCUGCUCUGAUGAUCUCCUUGAUAUGGAAGUAUUACGCUGAUCCAGUGACGGUGGUUCCCAGUAAAUGGAUUGCCCCUGUGGAGCGCCUUGUGGCCUUCCCAACAGGAGUUGCAGGUGGAGUUGGAAUCACAUGCUGGCUGGUGGUUUGCAACAAAGUGGUUUCGCUGGGUCUCCAUGCCGUCAGCUAGAGAUGGCAGCUGAGUUAAAUACGCUGAUUCUCGAACUAAUUGCUCAAAAUUUAGCUCAUGUAAUUUUUUUGUCAGCUGCUUCAGGUCAACAUGUAAAUGCAGUGCAUUUUGGCGUUGGCUGUUUCACAGUAUUUUGGUGAUGUUUAAUUUAGUUCUUUUUGUUUCUAUGAUUUUGUUUUAAGUUAUUGUGAGGAUGUUUUGGCUGUAUUAUUUCAAAACAUAAUGGGUUGUAAAUGUUGACAUGCCUUUUUAAGAAAUAAAACAAAAGAAAGCUUUCAAUUA